ACGUGUCUCAAUUCAGGUUCAAAAACUCAGUAUCGCAAAGAGACACGGGCACAGGAACGUUUUCUACAUGACUCCUCCGCCAGGGGAACCAAAGCGAUGACGGAACACCCUCGAAACAUUUCCGCCAUAACAAACCCGCUAGCUUAGGGUUUGGGCUAGGGCUUCAAAUGUAUUGUUUGAACUUGCAUUUCUCAAGUGUGUAACAUCGUUAGAUAACGAUUGCAGGGCAGUGAAUUGGUUAGAAUGGAUUUAUAUUAGUAUUUAAAAAGUGUCAUAACGUGUAAUUGUGUUUAUACAGGAUCGUAAAUCCGAAUCAGCGAAAUUAUAAAUCAGGAUAGCGUUAGCUAACAGGCUAACGCGGGGGUCAGUGACAUGCUACCAUAGCAGGUCGUGUGACUUCAGCUGGCAGAUUAUUCGGAUUUUAAAACAAUAAACAUGACUUGAGACUGAUCCGAGGUUGACAGAUGGUUAAAGUGGGAAGAUUUUGAUAAAAGGAGGGCACUUCUGAUUUACAGGCUCUUCAGAAUAUUUAAUGAUCAGAAAGCAUUUUGCCGAUUGUUAUUUUCUCCAGAUCAGCUCACACAGCACAUUUGCAAAAUGAAGAUGUUCUCGGUGGCACACAAGUCUGUUUUUGUAGUGGACCACUGUCCCUACAUGGCAGAAUCCAGUCGUCAACAGGUGGAGUGUGAUGUGUUGACAAAGAGCCGAGCACAAGGGGUUAUUCCUUUGGCGCCUGUCUCUAAAUCCCUGUGGACUUGUGCAGUGGAGUGCUCCAUGGAGUACUGCCGGAUCCUCUUCGACAUUUACCCAAAGGACAAACUGGUUAAUUACAUUGUGAGUGACUCAGAAUUUCACAUAUUGAACAGCUGGAGAAGGGAAGAUCAGAGUACUCAUGAGCUGAUGUCAGCUCUGGCAGCUGUUGGGCCACCAAACCCACAUGAGGAACCAGAAUGUUGCAGCAUCGUGCAUGGACUAGAAGCUGCAGUGGAGUCCUUGUGCAAGAUCACAGAAUUGCAGCAUGAGAGACGCACCGCUCUGAUGGACACGGCUGAGAGAGUUGCCAAUAGAGGCCGAAUUGUCUGCUUAACCAAUGCAAAAAGUGAUACUCAUGUGCGAAUGUUGGAAGACUGCAUCCAGGAAACAAUUUUAGAGAAAAACAAGCUAGCAGCAGGUUCAGACAGGCUGAUGGCCAUCCAGCAGUGUGAGCUGGUUCUGGUUCACAUCUACCCGCAAGGUGAGGACACGCUGGUGUCUGACCGUCCCAAGAAAGAGGUCUCUCCUCUACUCACCAGUGAGGUUCACAGUGUUCGAGCUGGGAGGCACUUGGCCUCAAAACUCAACAUUUUGGUCCAGCAGCACUUUGACUUGGCUUCCACCACUAUAACAAACAUCCCCAUGAAGCCCACAUUAAAUGUUUGCGAACAGGAAGAGCAGCAUGCCAACACGUCAGCUAAUUACGACGUAGAGCUCCUGCAUCACAGAGACGCUCAUCUGGAGUUCUUUAAAAGUGGAGACUUGCACAUGGCUGGCAGCAGCACUCGAGAAAACGGACUGAAAGAGACAAUGACGCUGAAAUGGUGCACCCCAAGAACAAACAACAUAGAGCUACAUUACUGCACAGGAGCAUAUCGCAUCUCCCCAACAGACGUAAACAGUCGACCCUCGUCAUGUUUAACCAACUUUCUUCUGAACGGUCGAUCGGUGCUGCUGGAGCAGCCAAGGAAGUCGGGGUCAAAGGUCAUCAGUCAUAUGCUCAGCAGCCAUGGUGGUGAGAUCUUCCUACAUGUGCUCAACAGCAACCGCUCCAUCUUAGAGGACCCGCCCUCCAUUAGUGAGGGCUGCGGAGGCCGAGUGACAGACUACAGAAUCACUGAUUUUGGUGAAUUUAUGAGGGAAAACCGGCUGACUCCUGUUUCAGAGUCUUCCCAUGAUCCCUCUGGAAAGCUGCCAGUUGAGAGAGCCAAAGCUCAGCUGGAACGUUACACCAGAUACUGGCCGAUGAUCAUUUCCCAGACCACUAUCUUCAACAUGCAGGCGGUUGUUCCUCUUGCAAACCUGAUAGUGAAAGAGACUCUCACUGAAGAGGACGUUCUGACCUGCCAGAAAACCGUCUACAACCUGGUGGAUAUGGAGAGGAAGAACGACCCACUCCCCAUUUCCACAGUGGGAUCCAGAGGCAAAGGUCCCAAAAGGGAUGAACAGUACCGUAUAAUGUGGAAUGAGCUGGAAACAUUGGUGAAAACUCACUCCGGCGCCACAGACAGACACCAGCGAGUGCUGGACUGCAUCAUUGCCUGUCGCAGCAAACCUCCAGAGGAGGAGGAAAGGAAGAAGAGAGGGAGGAAGAGGGAAGAUAGAGAGGACAGGACAGAGAAAAAUGGCAGCAAAGAGACAGAAGACAAAAGCUGGCAGGACUCCGAGAGACUAAAAGGUUUGCUGGAGAAGGAAGAACAGGAGUCAGAGGUGAUCAAAGAUUCCCCGGACUCACCGGAGCCGCUCAACAAGAAGCCCCGCCUGAUCGUGGAGGAGGUUCAACCUCCAGAGAGAGCAAAAGGUUCAGGUCCCGUCUCCCUCCUCUCAAUGUGGACCAAUCGAAUCACUGCAGCCAAUUCCAGGAAGCACCAACAGUUUGUUGGACGUGCGAGCUCCGUUAACAGCAAGUUUGAGUUGUACCAGCAUCUCAAAGACGAGAAUGGGAUGGAUGUUCAUGAGAAUGGGAAGGUCUCCAGAUGAUGUUUCCACAGAUCUGUUGCUUCGACUCGUGUGUGGAUGAGAUUGUGGAUCACAGUAUUUUUCAAACCUGGAAGUCAUCUCAUGCUCCCAUCGUACACUCUAGGACAUCGAGAUGAAGAUAACGAUGAACUCAAAAAGGGGAAUUUAUCAUUUUUUAUCUUGAAUUUUGUAGAUAUGUUGCUCACAGAUUGUGUGACACAAUAAAAUUGUCUGCGGAAA